AUGCGCACGAUCCCUGCGGACCGAACAUCGCCUGCGUCGUCGUCGUGGGCGGGGUUCGACUCUAACGGGCUCAAAACGUUUCGCUUUUCCAGGAAGGUCUGCGUGUCCGACGCCGAAUUGGUGCAGCGGGCUCGCAACUCCAGCCGCUCCAGUCGCCAGAGUAGACUGCUGCGCGUCCCGUCCGUGAUGUGGGAGUGCAAGGAGAUCUCCGGAUUCGCUAUGCUCUCGCGCCGGACGGGAGCUAAUGGAGAGGGCUUUGAGGUGCUCACGACGGGCGAAGUGGCCUGUGAGCCGGAGGACGUCGAGCCCAUUCUGUGUCCUCGGACCGAGAGUGACUACAACGCCGUGGCUCGGGAGUUCUUCGGAGACCAAUUCAUAUACGGUUCCAUUGUGCACGAGGUCCAGCCUCGAGGCUUCGGUGAUGACUCCGAUAGUGAAGAAGAAGGGGAGGAGGCCAAGCCGGACUUUCGUCUGCAUUGCGAUGACCACGUGGCAGUGCGAACUGCUUCCUUUACCAGGUCCCGCCACUUCGCCAAGAACGAAGAAUGGUGCUUCCUCGAGCACUUCCGCGCUCGCUCCUUGGCAAUCGCGAAGCCGUUUGAGACUAAUGGAUCGUCGCAGUCCUCCACUCCCUCGAUCAACAUCGACGACCCCACGGGUUUCACCAUUGACUUGAGCUCAAUGCCCCCAAGUGAGCUGAGCGCUGGUAAAAUGAGCAGUGACCGAGUCACGCAGCUACACGGGAUCGCUGCGACGUACACGGUAGAGCCCUUACCACCGACUGUGGCGUGUCCUGGUACUCGAGUCCGCGUGAGCUUCCACGCGACCUUUACCGCUCCCAAAAACACCCCGGAAGGGUACGCCGACGCGCAAACCGUGCGCGUGCGACUGACAGCCAUGGCGAGAAGUCUUCACCGACUGCCGGAGCUAGUCGAACAGCGACAGCGCCACACAAGUCAGUACAGUCUGCGAACUAAAAACUCGCGGUGCGUGGCGUGCACGAAGCGCCUUCGCAUGAAGUUGCUGGACGCCCCCACACGGCGAUCGAAGCGCUGCCAGAUCUGCAUGUAUCGCGCGUGCGCUUCUUGCUGGGCGAAACAGAGCGUCGAGACCUUCAGCGGCCACGCGACUUCCAUGGUUGUGUGUCGUCGCUGUCACGAAAACUUCGGAAGCAGCGACUACUCGCACAUUCAGCUGACGUGCUAA